CCCGGUUCCACUGGUGAUCCGAUAAACCCUCUCUCUCUAACUAUUUUUAAAAAUUAAACUCACUUCCUCUUUUUUUUUUCUUCUUUUUAAUUUUUUGGAAUUAAUAAUUCACGAGAAAUCAUUUAGCUACUGGUUUCGUUUUGAAUUUUGGGGAAAAGAGAGAGAAUGGAGAAGAAGAAGAACAAGAAGAGCCAGAAAGGUGGUGCAGAGGAGCAAGUGAAGGAGAAGAAGAAAUAUCCGACUGGAGCUGAGCAUUACGAGCUCUUUGAGGAGGUCGGCCAUGGUGUCAGCGCUUCUGUACGCCGAGCUCUUUGCAAGCCCUUUAACGAGAUUGUCGCCAUCAAAAUUCUCGAUUUCGAGCGCGACAAUUGUGAUUUGGAUAACAUUUUUCGUGAAGCACAGACUAUGACGCUGGUGGACCAUCCUAAUGUACUGAAGUCUCACUGCUCCUUUGUGAGUGGUCAAUAUCUGUGGGUAGUCAUGCCUUUCAUGGCUGGAGGAUCUUGUCUUCACAUAUUGAAAGCUGCACACCCAGAUGGUUUUGAUGAAGUGGUUAUAGCCACAAUACUGCGUGACAUAUUAAAUGGUUUAGUAUAUCUACAUCAUCAUGGCCACAUACAUAGAGAUGUCAAAGCUGGGAACAUUCUGGUUGAUGCACAUGGUGCAAUAAAGCUUGGGGAUUUUGGUGUUUCUGCUUGCCUUUAUGAUUCAGGGGAUAGGCAACGCGUAAGGAACACAUUUGUUGGGACACCUUGCUGGAUGGCACCUGAGGUCAUGGAGCAGCUGCAUGGUUAUGACUUCAAAGCUGAUAUCUGGUCUUUUGGUAUAACUGCAAUAGAGCUUGCUCAUGGUCAUGCUCCUUUCUCAAGAUACCCUCCGAUGAAGGUACUACUAAUGACGCUGCAAAGUGGACCUCCUGGCCUUACAAAUCCUUCGGAUGAUAGGUUUUCUAAUAGCUUUAGGCAAAUGGUUGCUUCUUGCUUGAUGAAAGACCCUACAAGACGCCCUUCUGCUAAGAAAUUGCUAAAGCAUUCCUUCUUCAAGCAAGCUCGGUCAAAUGAUUAUAUCCAAAGGAAACUUUUGGAGGGGCUACCUGUUCUUGGUGAACGCAUUAAGGAAUUGAAGAGGAAAGACGAAGAUUUGCUUGCACAACGAAAAGUACCGGAUGAUCAGAGGGAGGAGAUGUCCCAGAAUGAAUAUAAAAGAGGAGUUAGUGGCUGGCAUUUCGAUCUCGAUUUUGUUAAGGCUCAAGCUUCCUUGAUUGAGGAAGUCGAUGACUCAAUAUCUGAUAACAGUCAAACAGGAAGCUCAAGUUCUCUAUCUGCUCUGGACGUAAGUGAAGAGCAAUCACAAGUCCCAAGCUUACCGGAAAUUGCUGAUACGGAAAUUCAUGGUCUGGUUCAGAUUCAGUCAGCUACUUUGCCAUCACUGGAAUCAACUAUUCAUGAGGACAAUGACAAGUUGCAAGGUCAACCACAGAGUAGUUCAAAUUGUAAUGCAGCAACAAUUCCAAUUCCGCAUCCGGUAGAUGAUGUGGUUUCUGAUGUUCCUUCAAGAGCAUUGAAAUCAGCAGACAGUGAUGAACUUGAUGAAAAAGCAAAGGCACCUGUUGUUCAGCAAAAAGGCCGUUUCAAAGUCACAUCUGAGAAUGUUGACAUAGAAAAGGUGGCCGCUACUCCUACAAUGCAAAAAAGUAACAGCAUGCAGGUGAUCACCCCAUAUCCACAAAUUUCUCUACCAUCAACUGUUCCUUCUCCUCUACCAACGUGUCUUCCAUCAACAUGUAAUCCUCCUUCAUCGAAUCAGUUUGGUUACUCCCUUUUCUCGUUGUUGUACACUGCUUUGGAGACAAAUAUUGUACAGAGGGACAGUAUAUUGAGUCUAAUGAAGCACAUUGGUGUAGCUGAUGGAGGAUGCACAUCUAGUGCUAUCCCGGAAAGAGCCAUGCUGGAAGCUGCUUACGAAAAGGAAAAGGAGUUACUUCAGGAGAUAGCUGACUUGAAUUGGAGGUUAUUCUCUACCCUAGAUGAGCAACAACAUAAAACAACAGAAACUCAAGAUGUUAAUACUUCAUAUACCAUCUAACAUGUUCCUAAACUUUCAAUGACCGUAGAUUCUAGCUCAUAAUUUCAGGUUUGACUCUUUCUUCGGACCAGUGUCUUAUUGAUGCAGAACAAUUUUUUUACUUGCCCUUCUGCACUGAAGUAUCCCACCAUGGAAAUGAACUAAUAAUGGCUGUGGAUGGUGAAAACAUUAGGCUGCUUUACUAAAUACUAUGUAGAAGAAUCUGUGCUUAGAUUUACAAACGAUAUUAAAGUAUGCACAUGUUUGUAGUAUGUACUACUUUCAGUGCUUAACUCUUUUAAAUUGUAAAUAUGCAUAUGAUUAAAGUUACAUGGAUUUAUAGCCCUAAUUGCUUCA